AUGCCGCCCCCUCCCUCCGCUUCUCUCUAUCCGCAGGCUCUCCCUGGCCCUGUGGCAAAUCUAUCCUUCUUCCGGGCCAAAUGUGGCCAGGCAACUGGGUUUGGAUCGCUGAGGCUCUGUCCAGAUCCUACAGGGAAGCAGCUGAGAGGUCAGGAAGUGGAGCGCAGCGGGAACGCACGCUUCCAGCGCAUUCUCGCUGGAGAGUUCUCUGGGCAGGACUGGGCUGAUCAGGACAAAACAGCGCAGUCACUGAUGGCAUCCGUGGUACCUUCCAGACCCUGCUCCAACAUCGAGCCAGGCAACUAUGAGGAAGUAUGUGAUCUGAUCACCCAGAUACCCUCUAAAGUGCAGAUACAAGAUAUUACUAAGGAGCUACACUGCUCACUGUGUAAUGAUUGGUUCCGUGAUCCAUUGAUGCUAAGCUGUGGCCACAACUUCUGCCAGGCCUGUAUCCAAAACUUUUGGAAGCAGCAAGCAAAGGAAACAUUCUGUCCUGAGUGUAAGAUGCUAUGUCAAUAUAGCAACUGUACAUUCAACCUUGUACUUGAGAAGCUGGUAGAGAAGAUUAAGAAGCUACCCUUACUCAAGGGCCAUCCACAGUGCCCAGAGCAUGGAGAGAACCUGAAACUAUUCAGUAAGCCAGAUGGAAAACUGAUCUGCUUUCAAUGCAAAGAUGCUCGGUUGUCUGUGGGGCAGUCUAAAGAUUUCCUGCAGAUCUCUGAUGCUGUCCAUUUCUUCAUGAAAGAGCUCACCACCCAUCAAGAUCAACUGGAAGCAACCCUGAAGGAACUUCAGUCCCUGAAGAAUAUGCAGAAAGAUGCUAUUGCUGCUUACAAGGAAAACAAGCUACAUCUGCAGCAACACAUCUCCUUGGAGUUUCUAAAGCUACAUCAGUUCCUGCACAGCAAAGAAAAGAACAUUUUAAAUGAGCUCCGAGAAGAAGGGAAAGCCUUGAAUGAGGAGAUGGAGCUAAAUAUGAACCAGCUUCAGGAACAGUGUCUCCUAGCCAAGGAAAUGUUGAUGAGCAUCCAAGCACGGAUGGAACAGCAGAAUCCCUUCGAGUUUCUCAAAGAUAUCUCAUCUCUUUUGGAUAGCUUGGAACAAGGAACAAAGGUGUUGAUGCCCAGAGAGCUUAUCUCCAGAAAGCUGAACCCAGGCCUGUACAAAGGUCCCAUCCAAUAUAUGAUGUGGAGGGAAAUGCAGUUUUCUCUCUCUCCAGGCCUAUCUUCAUUAACUCUGGACCCUAAAACAGCUCACCCAAAUCUGAUGCUCUCCAAAAACCGAACCAGUGUGUGGCAUGGUGACAUUAAGCAGGUAAUGCCCGAUGAUCCAGAAAGGUUUGACUCAAGUGUGGCUGUGCUGGGCUCAAAAGGCUUCACAUCUGGAAAGUGGUACUGGGAAGUAGAAGUAGCAAAGAAGACAAAAUGGACAGUUGGAGUCGUCAGAGAAUCCAUCAUUCGGAAGGGCAGCUGUCCUCUGACUCCUGAGCAAGGAUUCUGGCUUUUAAGACUAAGGAACCAAACUGAUCUAAAGGCUCUGGAUUUGCCACCUUGCAGUCUGAAACUUACUAACAACCUCAACAAGGUCGGCAUAUACCUGGAUUAUGAAGGAGGGCAGGUGUCCUUCUACAACGCUAAUACUAUGACCCACAUUUACACCUUCACUAACAAUUUCACGGAGAAACUUUAUCCCUACUUCUGCCCUUGCCUUAAUGAUGGUGGAGAGAAUAAAGAACCCUUGCAUAUUUUACAUCCACAGUAA